UGGUGCCUUGUCAAGAGGAUUCGUAGUCGGUAGGCUACACAAUUGAUCAUCCUAGUCGCUGCCGUAAAGGUUCUUGCCGGCGUGUGAUCUGAAGUGCUGAUCAGUCUUGGCCGUGAAAACAGAAAUCAUCUCAUUAAUCGUUAAACCCCGACCAUUCCCUGACAAAGAGGUACUGCUGGGAAGGGGAAAGAUGCCGUACAGCUGGAUCCGGGUUGUUUGCGCGAACUCCGGGAUCGCCGUGCGGUUGAAAGAUGGAUCGACUCCAUCGUGUCAGCCCCGCAGCCAAUUUCAGGAGUUUCCAAUGAGUUUUCGGGUGAGCAAACUCAUGUGUCAUGUGGUAUUUAUCCUAUACCCUUUCGAGGGCGUCAUCUGCGCGGUUGGCCUUGAUAUAUGUAUAGAUCUCACUGUGCGGUUGCCGUCUUCUGCAAGGCGUACAUAUCGGUGUCUGCCCAAGUCAGUACAGCCGCGCCCUUUAUUUUGCUGCCAUAAUCCCCCCAGAUUUCGAAAAGAUUUCAAAAAUAUGUCAAUGCAUAAUGCAGAAUAUAUAUAUGAAAUUCCAUUGGUAGAACUGACCACCGCGGCUAAGAAAAUCAACAUUCACAAUUUACACCUAUUGAAACAUCCGACAUGAGACCUCGAAAACGGAGGGAAUAGAGCGCGAGCGAAAAGGAACUGGAAGAAAGAGAUGAAGAGAGGAAGGAAUUGAAAUAACACACGACUUAGGACAGAAAGGGAAAGAAGAAAUCAAGCAGUUCUUUUCUUUUGUUCUUGGUCGCUUUCCUAGUGAGCAGCCAUCAUCUUCUUGAUCUCGGCAAUUGCCCGAGCAGGGUUCAGACCCUUGGGACAAGUCCGAGAGCAGUUAAGGAUAGUGUGG